AUGUCACCAUAUGUGUUGGUGUUUGGAAAGGCAUGUCAUUUGCCUGUAGAACUUGAACAUAAGGCUCUUUGGGCAUUGAAGAAGUUAAACUUGAGUUGGAAUGAAGUAGCAAACCUUAGAUUAGAUCAAAUCAAUGAGCUAGAUGAAUUCCAUUUUAUAGCUUAUGAACGAUUUGCGCAUUAUAAAGAAAGGAUGAAGAUGUAUCAUGAUAAGCAUAUUAAGAAGAGGACUUUCAGUCCUGGUGACCUAGUGCUACUUUUCAACUCAAGGUUACGCCUGUUUCCUGGUAAACUGAGAUUCAAAUGGUCUGGACCAUUCAAAAUCACUCAAGUGUUUCAAUCGGGAGCUAUUGAACUCGAGAAUGCAAAAAGUGAGAGAUUCAAGGCAAAUGGCCAGCAAGUCAAAGCAUACUUGGGAGUCCUGGAGGAGUUAAAGAUAGUCGAGCAGUGCAAGCUAGAUGAAACCUGA